AUGGAAGAUGAUGGUGAAGAAGUAGAAAAGUCACAACCAAGAACGAGGGUUGCGGCGUUAAAUAGAGAUCGUGCUCAUGAACAUUUGGUUGGUAACUAUUUUGCUGGAAAUUGUGUGUACACUGACGAACAAUUUAGACAUCGGUUUCGAAUGAGUCGACGAUUGUUUGUACGUAUUGCUAGUGAUUUGGCUAAUUAUGAUGACCUUUUCAUAGUGAACUACGAUGCAAGAGGGAUAAGGGGUUUUACGACGUUUCAAAAAUGCACUUCAGCAGUUCGUCAAAUAGCAUAUGGCACUGCUAGUGAUUCAUGGGAUGAAUAUUUAACGAUGUCUGAGAGAAUGAGUCGGGAGUGUUUGUAUGAAUUUACCAAAGGUAUUGUGAACCUGUAUAACAAGGUUUAUUUAUGUAGGCCAACGAAGAAGGAUAUCAAAAAGCUUUAUGUAUUCUAUGAAGAGAGACAUGGAUUUCCUGAGAUGCUAGGAAGCAUUGAUUGUACUCAAUUGCAAUGGCAUAAUCGGCUUACUGCAUGGCGCGAACAACAUACUUGUGGUGAUAUAGUUUCCAACAAUGAUUUAAGCGUCCUUCCAAGAUCUCAUAUUCUCGAGGAUCUUAUUAGAGACGAUGGUCGAGCAAUAUGCAAAUACGAUCCAAAUGACGUUCAUGAGAAUGUUGAGCCGGUUGACGAGGAACAACAACAAUCAAAUUUGUGGGCGUUAUGCAGUGAGCACGUGCAUGGAAACCUAUGUGCAGACUUAAUCAACUAUAUUUGGAAUACCUUCUGUGUCGAUCACGUUGAUAACGAGUAG